AUUAUACCGGUACGAGUCGUCAUGCCCAACCCCUGUCCAAUGGCCCAUUCAAUCAACGGGCAACUCAGGGAGCUAUGCCCCUUCAGGAUGGGAACCCCUGGGCGCUCAGGAACACCUGCAGGGACCAGGAACUCGACGCAACAAAGCGGAGGACUCCAGUAUAUCCCGUCAUCUCCAGGCUCCAGCUCAUCCGAGCAGUCAUCACGAGCAUAAGUCUUACAAGGCCAUGGUUCAUCGCUAGCAACCACGACUCACGACUUACCAGCCUAGAGACUUUCUGAGUGCCAUUGACGAGAACUGCCAUCUGCCCUCCAUACACCAGCUCCAACUAGCAGCAAGUUAUGACCCCCCAAACAGAAGUAAUCCGGCCAUGCGGCAACAUGGAAAAGUACUCAACAGCCCGGCACUCCCUCGGCCUCUACCGCUGCGUCGCCGUCACCGGCCGCUACGCACUCCCAUCGGGAAUCUCAACCCUCUCCCAAGCCAAGCAACUUCUCCAAGACGCCGUCGCACAGGUCAUCGCAGAGCAACCCUUCAUGCAAGUCGGCAUCGCCGACGAAGACAAACAAACGUCCUCGUUCGUGCGCGUGCCACAAAUUAACUUGUCAAACCAUAUUCAGUGGUUCCCUCCGUCCCACUCCGGCUCCGGCUCCGAUUCCAUCUCCAACCCUGACACCACCGGCGGGCCGGGACCGGACGCAACCCUCUGCAAACACCUCUCCCACCAACACGACCAGCUCUGGCCCGAGACAACCCAACGUCCACCAUGGAAAAUCUCCAUCAUCCCAAUCCAACCCUCCCAACACUCACAAAACUCACCACCAGCAGAGAUCGAAGUACUCUACUUCUUCCACCACGCAAUAAGCGACGGCACAAGCGGCUCAAUCUUCCACAAACGCCUCCUCCACGCCCUAAACAACCCCUCCCCUUCCACCACCCACAAUCUCCAAUCCAACAACAUCCUCACCCUCCCAACCCCUCCAACGCUCACCCUCCCCCAAGAACACCUCGUCAACGGCCGCAUCUCCUGGCCCUACUUCCUCCGCGAACUAUGGUCCGCCUUCGGUCCCGCCUGGCUCAAACCCAAACCUGCCGCGUCUCCAUGGACGGGCGAAGCCAUACGUCUCUCCACGCCCUUCCACACAAACGUCCGCAUAAUCACCAUCCCCGCCACAACAGUCUCCAACCUUCUCGCAGCAUGCCGCGCGCAAGACCUGACUCUGACACCCCUCAUCCACGCCCUCGUCGCAGCCUCCCUCGCGCACCAUCUCCCCUCAAAGACAGCACCCUCUUUUGAACCGUCAUCCGCAAUCAGCAUGCGCCGCUUCGCACAAGAUCCAAGCCUCGACAUCGAUAACAAAAUGUGCGUCCUGGUGACCUCGACGAAUCAUCCCAUCUCAGAGUCUCUCACCACCGCACUACGCGACUCUUCCUCCUCCUCGGCGGGUCCAACCCUCGAAACCGCAAUCUGGACCGUCGCAUCCUCCAUCAAAACCGACCUCCAAACUCGCCUAACAAGCCUCCCCAACGACGACAUCACAGCAAUGCUCCGCUACGUAAGCAACUUCCACGACUUCUUUCGGACAAAGGACGGCAAGCCGAGGGGGAAUAGUUGGGAGGUGAGUAAUCUGGGCGCCAUCAACGGCAACAGCAGCAGCAACAGCAACAGUCAUGCCGAGGUUGGGAGCGGGAACGGUUGGAAAUUAACCCGCGCCGUCUUCUCCCAAUCCGCCGGUACCGUCGCCCAAGCCUUCUGCGUCAACGUCGCCGGCAUCGCGGGCGGCGAGACGACCAUCACCUUGACGUGGAACGAGGCCAUUACCGAGACGGAGGUUGUCGAGGGGUUGGUUGGUGAUUUGGAGGUGUGGACGCGGAAGCUUGCUCGGGGCGAGGCAUUGUAACGGGGAGGGAGUCGGAGGAAGUUGGCAGAUUACGCGAGGGGCUGGUAACCCCUGGAAGAUUAUAACGUCGAGAUGAAAUGUGCUCAUAUAGGAACCAGAGUAAUGAUAAUAGAAAUGAAAGGUGUUAGGAUCAAUAUAUGGUACGGCUAUACUACCCGCGGCAGAUGAGAUUAUCUCAAUACCUUAGCCGGAGUGUGAC